AUGUUCAUUAGACUUUCAAACAAGGCACUUCUAGUGCUUGGUUUGCUGUCAGCUGGCACGCAAGCUGCAACUAUUCGCCUGAACCCUCGCGCAAGUUCGUUCGAUUACAAUGGCGAGAAAGUCCGCGGUGUCAACCUUGGUGGAUGGCUUGUGCUUGAGCCUUGGAUUACACCUUCGAUUUUCGAUGAAGCUGGUGAAGGGGCCGUCGACGAGUGGUCACUGACUCAGAUCCUGGGCAAGGAUGAGGCUAAGGCACGCUUGUCUGCUCACUGGGAGUCUUUCGUCUCCCCGGGCGAUUUCCAGCGGAUGGCUGAUGCCGGACUGAACCAUGUCCGAAUCCCCAUCGGCUACUGGGCUCUUGGGCCCCUCGAAGGAGACCCUUACGUGGAUGGUCAGCUGGAGUACCUUGACAAAGCGGUAGAGUGGGCUGGGGCAGCGGGCCUCAAAGUCCUCGUCGACCUGCACGGUGCACCGGGAUCUCAAAAUGGAUUCGACAACAGCGGUCGGAGGGGCGCCAUCCAAUGGCAACAGGGGGACACUGUUCAACAGACCCUUGAUGCCUUCGACCAGUUGGCCGAGCGGUAUGUUGGCUCCGACACCGUGGCUGCCAUCGAAGCUGUCAACGAGCCCAACGUUCCUGGUGGAGUAGACCAGGGCAAGCUGCAAGAGUACUACGGCUCCGUUUAUGGUAUCGUCAACAAGUACAGCGCUAGCACAUCUGUGGUAUACGGUGAUGGUUUCCUGCCCGUGGAGAGCUGGAACGGCUACAAGACCGAGGGCAGCAAGGUCGUGAUGGACACACACCAUUACCAUAUGUUUGACACCGGACUCAUCGCCCAGGAUAUCGACGGCCACGUCAGUGCCGUCUGCGACUUUGCUCACCAGCACCUGGAAGCUUCUGACAAGCCUGUCAUUGUGGGCGAGUGGACUGGUGCUGUGACCGACUGUACCAAAUACCUCAAUGGCAAGGGCAAUGGCGCUCGCUAUGAUGGCUCCUAUAUCACUGGUACAGCUCUUGGCGAUUGCGCUAGCCUGGAAAGCGGUACUGUGGCCAACCUCUCUGAGGAUGAACGGUCGAACAUGCGCCGUUUCAUUGAGGCCCAGCUGGACGCCUUUGAGCUCAAGAGCGGCUGGCUGUUCUGGACCUGGAAGACUGAAGGUGCCCCUGGUUGGGAUAUGAGUGAUUUGCUUACUGCUGGCGUUUUCCCUACCUCCCCUGAUGACAGACAGUUCCCCAGCCAGUGCUAA